AGACCUCGAGAAGUCGACGUAUAUAAAUAGCUGGUCUCCGCCGUUUCUCCUACUCUUUCCCCUUUUGUUCGAUCGAUCGGCGUGGAUCAUUGUAGGGUUCCUUCUCGUGGUUGUUUACAGAACCCGAGAUCGAUACGCUUCGUAAGCCGGAUUGAUUCUUCUUGAGGCGAAUCCGAAGUCUUCAGCUCCCGGGUCUGAGAUCGAUGGCCUCCCGCCGGAGAAAGCUUCUCAAAGUUAUCAUCCUCGGUGACAGCGGGGUUGGGAAGACGUCUCUAAUGAAUCAAUAUGUGAAUCGAAAGUUUAGCAUCCAGUACAAAGCUACAAUCGGCGCCGAUUUUUUGACCAAAGAAGUCCAGAUUGAUGACAGACUGUUCACGUUACAGAUAUGGGAUACAGCUGGGCAGGAAAGGUUCCAAAGUCUUGGUGUCGCAUUCUAUCGUGGUGCAGAUUGCUGUGUUCUUGUGUACGAUGUUAAUGUCAUGAAAUCAUUUGAUAACCUCAACAAUUGGCGGGAGGAGUUUCUGAUUCAGGCAAGCCCUUCAGAUCCGGAAAAUUUCCCGUUCAUAGUCUUAGGGAACAAGACAGAUAUUGAUGGUGGAAAUAGUCGAGUGGUCUCUGAGAAGAAGGCAAAGCACUGGUGCACUUCGAAGGGUAAUAUCCCCUAUUUUGAGACAUCUGCCAAGGAGGGCAUCAACGUGGAAUCUGCUUUUGAGUGUAUAGCCAAGAUUGCUCUCAAGAAUGAACCCGAGGACGACAUUUAUCUACCGGACACUAUCGACGUGGCUAGUGGCGGUCGGCAGCAACGAUCAUCAGGAUGUGAAUGCUAGAUAAAGAAAGACCACCGUAGUUACUUCUAUGUGUUCUCAAGUAAAAUAAAUUCUAGAUAGGUUUACGCGCAUGCACGUUGUCUUCUGUAUGAAGUCCGGGACAAAUAAUUCAUACUAACCAUCAAUCAAGUUUCCUCUUUUAUAGUGCUACAUUGUUUCUUUGGAUCAAUAAAGUUGUACUGUCCUUCAAUCAAAGCUUCCUUGUUUUGAUGCUA